ACAAUAUAAGAUGCUUGAGGCUGACGACGGAACAGGCCUAACAAGAUUCGCACAAGCCUUUCACGAUCCUUCCUGCGGAUCUGGUGCGCUCGUAAUUUCGAAGUCAGCUUACAGGUGGCCUUGCUGCAACCGUCCACAACAAAGCGAAUGACCACUACGUCCAGGUGACACAACCUAAACUAAACGACCAUUCCUGAUCUACGCGAUCCGUGUGCGGAGACACAGAACCAAACUUUUCGGACGUUACUCGCAUCUUCGUUGCAAAUUGUGUUGCAGGUCAGGUCCUGGGAAGGAGUAGACAUCUGCCCCCUUGAACCAGCACAUCGAGUGAUCUGGUUUCAUCACAAUCUUGAGAUGCCACCAACCAGCUCGUCCUUCACAACCCUUAAUGUUCCAAGCGAUGUCGUACCAGAAUAUAUGGGGUCGUUCAUGCUUGCCGCGCCUCCAAAUACAGAUCUGUGGAGAAAACCGCCUUCCCGAGACACGUCCACAGCACCCGUGCUCUACACAUCCCUGCGCAACCCAUUCAUAGCAGCCGAAGUUACCGUCUCUGCCGACUGGGAACUGGAGUGGGAUCAAGGCGGGCUCGUCAUCUUUGCAGGCACACCGCCAGGUCAGAUAGCCCCUGCAGCAACCCCAGACGCCCCAAGCGUGGUCCCCAUUCUGCUCGACAACUGCACAACACCGUCAGCACCAGCCCCAAGCACACACCACAGGAGAAGAACCUCGAACUCCCGAAUUCCGGUUCCAGAAGCAGGCCCUUCCCCUGCCCGCUCCAGCAGCCCACCGCCGGCGUACGCCACGCCCGCUCCAGCAUCGAAGUGGGUCAAAGUCGGUCUCGAAUUCUGCAAUAACGCAUGCCACGCCACAUCCGUAGUCGCCAAUUCAGAGGGUGCCGACUGGUCGCUGACUGCGCUGCCCGCGUACCACGCCCGCCGCCUAGAUCUGCGCGUCAAGAUCGAGCGUAUUGGGUAUGCGCUCUGGCUCUGGUACGAGGACGAGAUGCUGGGGUGGAAGAAGUUGCGUGAAGUGACGUGGUUUUUCUGGGGCGUCGAGGACAAGGCUGUCCGCGUGGGCGUGUAUGCGAGUCGGCCGGCGAAUUUCGGGGUUAGUUUGUUUGAAGGGCGGAAUGGGUGGGUGAAUUCUGGGACGAGGAACUUGUGUGUGGAUUUUGAGGGGUUGGAGAUUUUUUGAGGGGGAAGCGAGGAUUUGGGCUUCGGGAAGGGCAUGGUGUUGCUGUCGAGCCAGAGGACAUUGUGCGCGCCACAUCAAUGGUGUUAAUGCCAGGUUUUUCACAAACGCCGCCUCUACAAAUCUUAACUGCAGCUCUACGAACAACCACUACGGCUCGACAUAGGGUCACGGAGAGCUGCAGUAGGUGUCCGUGGACAAGCGU